AUCCCCAGCCAUCGGACUUAUAAAUAAUCAAAGAACUGUCAAAUUCAACAAUCAUUGAGUUGAAACCUUCAAUUACUUAAUGAAAUGUUUAUUUUAUAUUGAAAGCUGAGUUCCGUUGUAUUUUGAGUAGAAGUUCAUCCACUUCAAAACGAAACAGCUGAUUUUUCGGAUGAUUGUUACCCACAGUUAAAACUGCUUAGUCUACGACCUACGUAGUUUUUAUUAAAGUAUACUGGGUUUCUAUUUUGUAACAAAUUCAGAAAUUGCUGAUGAGUUUCACAUAGGUGAUUAUUUCACUGCGUAAAUAAAUAAAAAAGGAGUUACGGAUAUAUGUAUGAUGGCUUCAGCCAGAAUGGAACAAAAUAUGAACCACGCUGGACCUCCACCGAUGGAUGGGAAAGGGAAUCCUGCUACAGGUGACCAGGGUUGGAAGUCCAAAUUGAAGCUUCCUCCAAAGGAUAACCGAAUCAAGACAACUGAUGUUACCAACACAAAAGGGAAUGAAUUUGAGGAUUUUUGUCUGAAGAGAGAGCUUUUGAUGGGGAUUUUUGAAAAAGGAUGGGAGUCACCAUCACCUAUACAGGAAGCUAGUAUUCCUAUAGCACUAACAGGACGAGACAUCUUAGCUAGAGCUAAAAAUGGUACUGGAAAAACUGGUGCUUAUACUAUACCGAUAUUAGAAAAAUGUGACCCUUCAAGGGAUGAAGUUCAAGCUAUGAUAAUUGUACCUACUAGAGAACUUGCCUUACAGACUAGUCAGAUUUGUAUAGAAAUUAGUAAACAUUUAGGAAUCAAAUGUAUGGUGACUACAGGAGGAACCAAUUUAAAAGACGAUAUCAUGAGAUUAUAUGAACCAGUUCAUGCCAUUAUUGCAACACCUGGUAGAAUUUUAGAUCUGCUGAACAAAAACCUUGUCAAAAUAGGAAAGUGUGGUAUAAUGGUGUUAGAUGAGGCUGACAAGUUGUUGUCACAGGAUUUUAAGGGAAUGCUAGAUAAUAUAAUAGAUCAUUUACCAAAGGACAGACAGAUCCUGCUGUAUUCUGCUACAUUCCCCCUCACAGUGGAGCAGUUUAUGAGAAAACAUUUACAGAACCCAUAUGAAAUAAAUUUGAUGGAUGAAUUGACGUUGAAGGGAGUAACACAGUAUUAUGCAUUUGUGCAAGAAAAACAGAAGGUUCACUGUCUCAAUACAUUGUUCUCGAAGCUUCAGAUAAACCAGUCCAUUAUAUUUUGCAAUUCCACAAAUCGUGUUGAGCUGUUGGCAAAGAAAAUCACAGAACUUGGUUAUUCCUGUUUUUAUAUACAUGCCAAGAUGAAUCAACAACAUAGAAACAGAGUGUUCCAUGACUUCAGACAAGGAUUGUGUAGAAACUUAGUGUGUUCAGAUUUAUUUACCAGAGGUAUUGAUAUACAGGCAGUGAAUGUUGUGAUCAAUUUUGACUUCCCUAAACAUGCUGAGACGUACCUUCACAGAAUUGGUAGAUCUGGUAGAUACGGCCAUCUUGGUGUAGCCAUCAAUCUCAUUACAUAUGAUGACAGAUUCUCACUUCACAAGAUUGAGAAUGAACUUGGAACAGAAAUCAAACCAAUACCUAAAGUGAUAGACAAGGCAUUAUAUGUAGCAGAGUACCAUAUGGGAGAUGAUGAGGAACAGCAUGGCAAAGAAUCAUAAAAGCUAGUCAUUGUAAUCAUUCAACAACAUUGUUCAUUAGCAGAAAUUUUAUCGUGAUUAGAAACAAAAAUCAACCAUGUUUUUUCAUGCAAAAAUUUUUGUUGGUCAGUAUUUUCUUUUUUAUGUUACUCUGCUGUUUUGUUAGUUUAUAAAUGGCUUUAUUAUUUUUUUCUUUAUUUCUUUAUUAUAGUGGUUUUUAAAGAAUAAAUUUAGGGUGGGGAGGGGAGAUCAUGGAUUGGUAUGAAAUAUGAAAAUCAAAGAAAUUGUAGCUUUAUGUUUGACUUGAUAAGUUUGAGGUAAGAGGGCAAAAAAUUAGAAGAUAUUAUUAAACGAAAUGAGAGAUUUGCAUUGAUAGAUGCAUAACUAUGCUACAUGUAUAGAGAAUAACUUUAAAACUACUUGAUCAAGUUAUAACUUUUAAAGAAAUUUGAUGUAUAUAUUGUAGUGCAAAUUGCUUGUCAAAGAUAAUUGAAAAUUUCAUAAGGUUAAGUUUAGGUGCUUUUUUUUUAAUGGAAACUUGAAUAUUUUUUUUAAUUUGAAUAGCCAUUGGGUACAGAGCUCAGUUUGUAUGGUCUAACAUAAAUAAUUUUGAGAAAUACUGCCAAGUUAUGAUUUUUUUUUCUUUUGUAGAUUAGAAAUCUGAAAUUAUCUGUAGAUCAUUGAUCUGCAGGAUUUAUUUAUUUCCCAAAAUAUUGUAACAACAAAAAAUAGCACAAAGUGUUUCAUUUAAAUUAUUGUGAUAACUGAAUUUUAUCAUAAAAAAAUCUUUUGGAGAAGUUAUUUUUGCGUUGUAAUUUAUACUAUAUUUUUGUACAAAAAAAAACAAAACUACUUUGUAUAAGAACCAGAACAAGAAGGCACUUGGAGAAGAUUGUGCCUUUAGAGAUAAGGACUCUGUUCUGAAUAAACCAUUUAGCACAACAGCAUUAAGCACAAUGCUAUCACAACCAAAGUGAGUUCAGCAAUAAUACAACAGUUUGUGUUCAGGAGGGAAUACACACAAAUUUGUGAAGAAAAAAAGAGAACAAACUCAGGUUAUUUUCAUAUGUGUAUUUUCCAAAUACAGACAUUUUGGAUAAGUAGAAAGGAAGAAUUAUAGCUACUUUAUUCAAAUCAGGGUUAUAUUAUGUUGUUUAUUCUAAUAUGUCUGAGGAAUAAAUAUUUAAGAGAAGAACAAUCAUAGUGCUAAGACAUAGUAAACGUGAGGACAAUAUUCUGUACGAAACUCGUUUGUAAGAAGAAGGAACAGAAAUUACAACACUAACCUAAUGAAUGUGCAUUCAUACAGACUGGACCGUUGAUUUUUCUGGAGGAAAUACAUUGAUUAAUCAUUAUCUGGAGAAUGUUGUUUAAGAGAAUAUACCAAAAUCAAAUUGUUACUACAGACAAGAUUUGUCCAAAGUGCUGACUUUUCAAAAAAAAGAGUGCUUCUGUUGUGCUACUGCACGUGCUUAAACACCAGAUAGAGACUGGGUUAUAACAUGGCAGCUUUGUUGACCAUUGCAGUGCUCAGCUGCUGUUUAUGAAUAGAUAAUUGGGCAACAGUUUAGCUGUUUAUAUAUUGGUUGAACUAAACCUUCCAAUUUGUAGGCCAAACCAAAAACAAAUGUAUUGGACAUAAAAAAAAUGACCAGCUACACAUUUGAGAAAAUACAUUGUGUUAAAUAUUCACUAAGACUUAAAAAUAACUGUGGAUAUAUAUGAUCCAUUUUCUAUGCAAACAUAGAGAGUUGUGUUGAAAUGAAUGAAGAAUUUAUAGAUUGUUUAAAAAUCCAUAACAAUUACUACAUUGUACUUAUCAAAGAUAUGAACAGGAAUUCAGUUGAAUUAAUGUCGACAGUAAGAUAAGGAAACAAAUCGUUCAUUCUGUGUCCUAAACAUUGUCUGAAAUGUUGGUUGUGGCCUACCAAAAUUAUUUAAAUGUGUUCGUAUACUUAAAUUAUGGCAACUUUAAUGUUACAUUUUGCAGUGUCAAUAAUAAAUUCUUUGAAGCAAAACCAAGUGUAACAUUUGGCGGAAGUUGAACUAUACUGUUUUGUAAGAUAUGUUUAUAAUCCAUACCAGUUUUCAUGGAACUAAGUCAAAUUGUGUACCUUGAAAUGAGAAAAUAUUUUUAUAAAUAAGAUGAACCAUAAACAGAAAGUUCCAGUGAAACAUCAAUUGAUGUCUUCCCAUGAAAAUUGGUAUCCAUUUCAGUAAUUCAGUAUAGUUACUUUUGUGUAAACAAAAAUUUGUUUACACCACAAAGUAGAACAUCAGCUGAUAUAACAAAUAGAAAUAGCCACUGUUAAUGAUUUGUCUUUUUCCAAACUUUUAAAAAAAAAUGUCAAAUUUUGCAAACUAAAAAGACUAGUAUAUUCAUUUAGGUUUUGGUUAUAGAUAACAAAUUUGAAAAUAAACUAAGAUAUGUAUUUAAUGUCAAAAAAGGAAGAGAUAAUGCAAAUUCAGAAAUUAAUGUGACAUUUUAUUAAUGUGAAAAAUUAUACCGGGCUUUGAUCACAUUAUAGAAAGCUCACAAUUUUUCUAAUCAUUCAUGUUUCAAUAAGUGAGAUAUCUAACUGAGUUGCAUUAAUAACUUUUGCACUUCAGUCAACCUUUCCACAACUCGCAUUAAUAAAUGACACAUUAAUUGCAGAAUGAACAGUACAAUUUAAAGGCAUAUGAAUAAAUAUAGAUAAAAAUGUAAAAUUUGUGUGAGGAUAUUUUAGACUUUCAAAUUUGUUAUUUAUUAUAAUUUUUGGUGGAAAAAAAUAUCUGAAAUUACUUUAUUAUAUCUGCAUUGGCAAAGUGUGUGUUAAAAAGACAGAUGGCUUCAGAUGUGUAAAUGGUAGAAAAUGAAAUUGUUGUGUAAAAAUUCAUUCAUAUAAUAACUGAAAUGUUUCAUGAUCACUUUUUUAAUGCAAACAAUCUGCAUGAAGGAUUUUUACCAGAAAGACCUGUUGCUACAUUUACAAACCUGUGUACAUGUAUAUGUGAACAUAAAUAUAGAAGUGUUUUGGUACACAAGAAAAAUAAAAUUAAAGGGGAAAAUAAUGCUUUGUACCAAAGAUUGACAUUUAUAUGAAGUUAAAAAGGAUAUUUUAAGUUGGAUUGAGGUCUUAAAUAUCUAGUGCAUAUUUUAAAGUUUUUGUCUAAAGAUUGUUUUGGACUAAAGCUAGUUCAGAAGGGGCAUUUCUUAGUGAAAGUGCACAAACAUGUAAGCCAGAUUUUAUACAUAGAAAUGACAUGUUUCACAAGGUUGAAUUUAGAAAUAUAAAUACAGAGGUAGUCAGUGGUGCUGUUAACAAUUUCCUCGAAAAAUCAAGCUUGUUAGUUCUGUCAGAGUUGCAAAUGAAUGUUGCCAAAAUAUUGUGUGGAUAGUUGUUUUGUUGCAUUUGUGUGAAGAUAUGGCAUUAAAUGAGUAUGUGUAGUAUAAGUGUAUUGUAUUUCAAUGUGUCCAGUUGUGUAACAGCAAGUAUAUGGGGGGGAAGUAAUAUCUUGGAAAUUUCACUAAAACAAACUGAAUGUCUCUUUCAUAUGAUUUAACAUGUUCAGCAUUAGGGCUGUCUAUUGUAACGUCGUGAUUCAUUAAUGUUAUUUUUGAAGAAAAAAGAAGAAUUAUGAAAUGUUAUUGUACUAAUGUCUUCUAUAACAGACUGAACUAGAAAUUGUAAUGGUACAAUUAUUUUAUUUUUAUUAAGGCUUGUGAUUAUUUAUUGAAAGAUAGUUUUGUUUUUAAAGGCCAAUUUUUGAAUUAAGUCAAAUGACAAUUAAGAGGUUUAAUAUACUACAGAAAUGACAUCAACAUUUUCCCAUUGGAUAACUGGGUGUCAGUCAUCACAUUGAUUUAUUGUUGAGACAGAAAUUGUAAGACAAUCUUCCAAUACAUUUGAUAUUUUCCUUUAAUCAUUGAUUUUUGACUGAAAAGAUCAUUUAGAUGAAUUAAAAGAAUACUGAAUUUGGAGAUAUUGAAAAGGUCAUUUUAAGUUAGGAAAGCACUAUUAAUGUAACAUGAUUUUAAAAAGUUCAGUGAAUGUGUUUUAUGGUAACCAUGACAACUGAAAUGAUUGUGUUGAAAGAGUUUAAAUGUUUUUUUUAGUGUGAAAGAUGUUAUGUGUGUACAAGUAUAUAUGUUUCAUUUCAAUACUGCAUCAGAAAAAACAUUUCAUUUAUGAGUGAAACAAGAAAAAAUGACUGAUGUAGCAUGGAAUUUUGUAUAAUUAUUUGUUAUUUAUUAAUGAAAUGCACUGUUGCAUCUGUUUUUGCCUUUCUAGUGACCUACAUCUAAAAUGACAAACAGAAAGUAGUGGAAAUAUUUGAUAGAAAAGCAUAUUUAUAAGAAAUAAGUUUGAAUUGUUGAAAGAUUAAAAGAUUCAAAUGAAAGAAGUCACAGUCUUUGACAUUAUACGAAUGAUAAGUAAGUUCGUUGAGAUUUCAAAAUGAUUUUUAAAAUUGAAAACAGAUGUUGUAAAUACUAGAAAGGUAAAAGCAGAAUAGUAGCAGUAUAAUAUACAGUUUUGAUCUCAUUAUUGGUCUUUGAGACAAAUCAACAAAGUGACCAAUGAAAAUAAUAUUCAGUCAUAUGAUCUGAAGGAUCGAUAAAAAUAUCUCACAUAAUUCAUGUUAUAUUACUGAAAAUUGAUGUUUAGGGAUCUAGUGAUCUAUUGCAACAUAACGAAUGAAAGUUUAAGUGUUCCAGAAAUAUGUGUAUGGUUAUCUGUUUAUUUUAUUGAUCCUUUUAGGUUAUAUGACUUCAAUACAUAUUUUAAAGAAAUUGACAAGAAGAAAACAACUUGAUCUAACUGUACCAUGUUUCAUAUCCUUGAGUGCAACUUUACUUUACAUAAAAAUUUAUUAAUAUUCUGUGAAACACUGUCGUGUGCUCUUCAAACACAACAUUAACAUCUUAAAGGACAAUUUGGUGAUAAUAUGUAUGUUUGACUUGCAUAAAUGGUGCUGAAAAUAUAUGUUAGUGACUUGUUUUCUUCUUGUACCAUGUUUUGUUUUCAAAGUCCCAAAUUUCCACCAUGUUUGUGGAAAAAGUCAACAACAACAAAAAUAACAUUCCACAUAAAGGCGAUAAAAUUAUUCCACAAUGAUAAUAGUACUUGUGACUUGGAAGUUGAAACAGGGUCCAUUCGUUAAAUUUUCACAAAAUAAGAUUUGAACAUGGUAGAUUAUUUUUUUAUUUUGAAAACAAAACAUGUUCUGUCAUUGCUCUGUAUCAGUAGAGUAACUGACAUGUUUUUAUGUCAUGGAAGGGUUUCACAACUAUUCCAUUGCAUUUAUUAAACAGUUCUCUAAAGAAUUAGUUCUCAACAAAAUUCUUUUAAGAUCUGUUUAUUGUUGUAUUUAUAUCAAGAUCAGCAGUUUAAUUGAGAGAAGUAUGAUCAGAAAUCAGUUUUUAUUAAGAACACUUCAUGCCUGUCCUUCGAAAAAUAAUCUAGUGUCAUAGAAACUUUUUUAAACACAGAAUUUGUAGUUUAAAAUGUUGAAUGAAUAUUUUUUGUUCAUUCAAAGGAAAAGAUCAUUUAAAGAUGCCUACUUUCCUUAGGUAACAACAAAAUUUGGCCAUGUGAAAUGAAUUAUGUGGUUCUAAUACAAAGAUGUAAUGGAAACAAGAACACAAACUACAAUUAUCUGUCCCAUAAUAGUAACACUUUUAGACAUACUGAUGUCUUAAAGUGGAUUUUCUGAUUGACAUUUUGAUUAUUAUAACUUUAUAGUUCAUUUGUCACCCAUGGCCAUCUAUCCUUGUCUAAAACAUACAUGCCAUGCAUGUCUUGUCACUUUUAAGCAUUUGAAUUUUAAUCAGUUUUUCAAGCUGAAACUGGGUAUUUUAAUUUUUAAAUUACGAUUCAUAAAAUAGAAAUCUAAGUAACACAGAUGGAGAGAUUGCAAACUGACUGUUCUGAUCUACUUCACCUCAGACUUUGCUGAUUUUGACAUAACAUUUGUUUGAUUUAUCUUGACAAGGAAGUAAAAUAAAGGAGACUAAGACUUCCUUGUCUAGAUACUGAUAAUGUUUGUACUAAAAUACUCUGUACUUGGGGAUGGAGUGCCAUAUGAAGCAAUGUUUAGAUUUAAAUUUAAAGAGGAUGAUCUACCAAAAUAGAGUGAGUUUUCUUUUAGAAUCUGCUUCCAAAACUUGGCUAUUCCCUUGUACAGAAAUUUUGAAGUAUAAACAAAUUUUAAAGAAGUUCUUUUGAACAUUUUAAGAAUCUUUUGGGGGGACACCUAGUUAAGGAAAACGUUUAAGACUAAAUAAAGCAAAAAAAAAAAUACUUUACUGUCAGCAGUUUGAUUAAAUUUUUAUAAGGUUCUUUACUUCAGGGUUUCAAUUUUUGAAUUAUUAUUGAAAAAUUAUUUAUUUAAGGUUGUAAGCUGACAGAUGAAUUGACAAACCAGAAUUUUUCAGAUAUAAAGUUUGUUUGAGUUUGAAAAAAAUCAAAUGAUCUGAAUUUUGGACAUAUUUAAAUAAGAACAAUUUUAUGUAUCAUGAAAAUACUUAUCUUCACUUAAUAAAGCAAGUUUUACUUUUCUAUCAUAUUUAGUAGUUCUACAUUUGAUUUGUUUUUCAGCGUCAACUAAUAAGAUAUGUUUUACAGGAUAUGAGAAUUCCUUACAAAACUAUUUUUGUUAUGGCAAUUUAAUAAUAUACAAAAUUUAAAAUUAAGUAUGGUUUAAAAACAGGUAUAAUAUAUGAUAUGUUAUGGGUACAUUAUGGUUUGAACAGACAAGCAUCAUGAUACACUACAGAACAUAUCAUAAUACACUUGUAUAUGUGUUACGUAUCUUGAUUUCAGAACAUCUCCAACCGAUAUGUUAAUUCUUUUAAUUCUGUACAUUGUUCUCAUGAUGCAUAAUAUUGUUCAAAUAGAAAUAAAAGAUUUUAGUAACA